AUGCCGCCGCCUGUGCCGCCCACGGUCCUGGUGCCGUCGGAGCGCGCGGUGGUGCUGCUGUCGUGCGCACUCUCCGCUUUUGGCUCGAGCCUGCUGGUGGCCACGCACACCCUGUGGCCGGACCUGCGCAGCCGGGCGCGGCGUCUUUUGCUUUUCCUGUCGCUGGCCGACCUGCUCUCGGCUUCCUCCUACUUCUAUGGGGUGCUUCAGGACUUCUCGGGGCCCUCGUGGGACUGCGUGCUGCAGGGCGCGUUGUCCACCUUCGCCAACACCAGCUCCUUCUUCUGGACCGUGGCCAUUGCGGUCUACUUGUACCUUAGCAUCGUACGUGCGGCUCAUGGGCCCCGAUCCGACCACCUGUUCUGGGCCUUCCACGUCGUCAGCUGGGGGGUUCCGCUGGCCAUCACUGUGGCUGCUGUCGUGCUGAAAAAGAUCGGCUACGAUGCCUCGGAUGUUUCUGUGGGUUGGUGCUGGAUCGACCUGCAGGCGGAGGAUAGCACCCUGUGGAUGCUGCUGACCGGGAAGCUGUGGGAGCUACUGGCCUAUGUCACACUGCCCGUGAUCUACAUCCUCAUCCGGAAGCACAUUAACAGAGCGCACGAGGCGCUGUCAGAGUACCGGCCCAUCCUCUCUGAUGCGCACCAGCGGCAGCACCUCACCUCGGUGGCUGAUAAGAAACUGAUCCUCAUCCCGCUCAUCUUCAUCUGCCUGCGCAUCUGGAGCACCGUGCGGUUCGCCCUGACGCUCUGUGGCUCCCCGGCUGUGCACACCCCAGUGCUGGUGGUUCUGCAUGGCAUCGGGAACACGUUCCAGGGAGGAGCCAACUGCAUCAUGUUCGUCCUCUGCACCCGUUCCGUCCGGACGCGGCUCUUCUCUCUGUGCCGGUGCUGCUCCUCCCAGCCUCCCACCGAGAGCCCAGUUCGCCCUUCCAAGGCGUCAGCGCCCUCCAAGACUGGAGACUCUCAGGAAUCCAAACGCGCUCCAGUGGAACUCCCAAGCACCUGA